AUGUCAGCCUCGAAGGUCUACGAUUCAUUAAUAAUCGGUGGUGGUCCUGGUGGUCUCAGCGUGGCUCUGGGACUCGGUCGUCAAAACCGUUCCUGCCUCGUCAUCAGUCACAAACACUUUCGCAACGACGGCAUAGAAGCUUCGCAUGCUGUUCUCGGUCACGAUCAUGUUCAUCCGCAAAUCGUACUAUCUCGUGCUCGUGAUCAAAUAGCACGUUAUCAAAACACAUCCUAUGCCCUUGCAGAAAUCAUCUCUGCUCAAAAGGUAGCACUCCCACAAUGGAGAGGCCAUGAAGGAUUCAAAAUCGAGAGCAGGGAGGGGGAAACUUGGUAUGGCAAGACCUUGGCACUAGCAACUGGCGUUCGCGACCUGUUCCCCAGCCUGGAAGGCUAUCAUGUGAAGAUGGCGAGCAUGGCUUUGGGACAGGAUACUACCAAGAAUAAAAAUGGUACAGCAAAGGUCACGAUCCUUACUAAUGGCCCGUAUAAGAGCAAUAAGGUGGAUCCUGCUCUGGCGAAGCAGCUGAAAGCAGUCAUGGCUCGCGGUGUCAAGCUCGACCAACGGGGAGUAACCAGGCUCGAAGACACGACGAAAAAGAACGAAGGUCUAUAUGUCCACCUCAAAGACCACGAGACUGGUGAAACGGAGAAGGUGUUCUUCGCCUUCCUUGUUCACAAACCAAAUACACAGCUCAAUGCUAGAAACCUGAUAGAACAGCUGGGUUUAGAGAUCACGCCUGGCAUGUUUGGAGACAUCAUCGAAACAAAACCGCUGAUGCCCGCAACCAACGUACCCGGUGUAUACGUCGCUGGCGAUGCUGGAAAUGUUCUGACGCAUGUCACUACUGCGUUGAGCACUGGUAUUGGUGCUGCAGGUGGGAUUGUGCAUUAUCUGAAUGAGAAGGACGACGAGGAUGCUCUAGAGUCUAUCGGGCAAGGUGGCAUUCCAGAUAACAGGAAACAAAUUGAUGGCACUGGUUGCAGCACAGACACAUAG